GGGACUUCUUUCGAUUUCUUGGAGGUGUCCUGAGAACAGUGAUGGAAGAGCAAGACUCAGCUGGGCCUGAAGCAGGAAGAGGCCCUUCCAUCCAAACUCUUAGCCAUGGAGGAAUCUGGGGAAAGUCUGUCCAAAGGAUCCUGGGUGAGGAGGACACCCUCCGCUCAGAUGUGCAGAGCCAGCAACUCAGGCGGCUUUGCUACCAGGAGGCCAAAGGAGCCCGAGAGCUUUGCAACCGACUCUACCACCUUUGCCGCCAGUGGCUGAAACCAGAAACCCACACGAAAGCUGAGAUGCUGGACCUGGUGAUCUUGGAGCAGUUCCUGGCUGUCCUUCCAGCAGAGAUGGAGAGCUGGGUGAGGGAAUGUGGAGCGGAGACCAGUUCCCAGGCAGUGGCCCUGGCUGAAGGUUUCCUCCUGAGUCAGGCAGAGGAGAGAAAGCAGGCAGAGCAGCAGGGGAAGGAUCAGUUUCCAGAAAUGGGUCUGGAUUCUUCUGAGGUAGAGAGAACUCCGUUGGACUCCAGAGAGAGGCCACGGGGAGACCGAAGGAUGCCAGCAAGACCUGUUUGUCCAUCUUUUCUUGGUGGCGAAGGGGAAGCUGCCCCUGUGGAAGCAGAGCAGGGUCCAUUGUGCUUUGACGAUGUAGCUGUGCAUUUCACAGACGAGGAGUGGGCGUUGCUGGAUCCUGAGCAGAGAGCUCUGCACAAGGAAGUCAUGGAGGAGAAUCGUGGGAUCUUGGACUCUCUCGUUGCAGGUGGUGAUGAAUUGGAGCUGAAGAACGAGGGAGACCACGACAAAAGCCACAGAGUGGAGAAGUCAUAUCCAUAUUCAGAGUGCAGAGAGAGCGUCAGUCAGAGCUCCCAUUCCACUUCAAAUCAAAGAAAUCCCCUUCAGAAGAAACCGUAUCAGUGCUUGGAAUGUGGAAAGAGCUUCAGGGAGAAAAACAAGCUCACUGUCCAUCAGAAAAUUCAUACAGGGGAGAAACCUUAUCAGUGCCAAGAGUGUGGAAAGAGCUUCAGUCAAAAGGGCAGUUUAACGACCCAUCAGAGAAUUCAUACAGGGGAGAAACCUUAUCACUGCUUGGAAUGUGGAAAGAGAUUCAUUGACAGACGGCAGCUCACUGUCCAUCAGAGGAUUCAUUCGAGGGAGAAACCUUAUCGAUGCUUUGAAUGUGGAAGGAGCUUCAGUCAGAGCACCCAGCUCACUUCCCAUCACAUACUUCAUUCCGGGGGGAAACCAUAUCACUGCUUGCAAUGUGGAAAGACUUUCACUUGGAAAAUAAGUCUCACUUCCCAUCAGAGAAUUCAUACAGGUGAGAAACCCUAUCACUGCUUGGAAUGUGGAAAGAGCUUCAGACAGAGAAACAAGCUCACUGUCCAUCAGAGAAUUCAUACAGGGGAGAAACCCUAUCAGUGCCAAGAGUGUGGAAAGAGCUUCACUCAAAAGGGCAGUUUAAAUUCCCAUCAGAGAAUUCAUAGAGGAGAAAAACCUUAUCACUGCUUGGAGUGUGGCAAGAGCUUCUUUCGAAGAAGCCAGCUCACUGUCCAUCAGAGAAUUCAUAUAGGCGGAGAACCCUAUCAGUGUUUGGAAUGUGGCAAGACCUUCAGGGAGAGAAGCAAUCUAACUGUCCAUCAGAGAAUUCAUACAGGGGAGAAACCCUAUCAGUGCCAAGAGUGUGAAAAGAGCUUCAGUCAAAAGGGCAGUUUAAAUUCCCAUCAGAGAAUUCAUACAGGGGAGAAACCUUAUCACUGCUUGGAGUGUGGCAAGAGCUUCUUUCGAAGAAGCCAGCUCACUGUCCAUCAAACAAUUCAUACCGGAGAGACACCCUAUCAGUGCUUGGAAUGUGGAAAGAGCUUCAGUCACCAAGGCCAGCUCAGUGUCCAUCAAAGAAUUCAUACAGGGGAGAAGCCAUAUCAGUACUUGGAAUGUGGAAAAAAAUUCACCCAGAAGACCCAUCUCACAAUCCAUCACAGAAUUCAUACAGGGGAGACACCCUAUCAGUGCCUGGAAUGUGGAAAGAGCUUCAGUCACCAAGGCCAGCUCAAUGUCCAUCAAAGAAUUCAUACAGGGGAGAAGCCAUAUCAGUGCUUGGAAUGUGGAAAGAAAUUCACCCAGAGCACCCAUCUCACAAUCCAUCACAGAAUUCAUACAGGGGAGACACCCUAUCAGUGCCUGGAAUGUGGAAAGAGCUUCAGUCACCAAGGCCAGCUCAAUGUCCAUCAAAGAAUUCAUACAGGGGAGAAGCCCUAUCAGUGCUUGGAAUGUGGAAAAAAAUUCACCCAGAACGCCAAUCUCACAAUCCAUCACAGAAUUCAUACAGGGGAGAAACCCUAUCAGUGCUUGGAAUGUGGCAAAAGCUUCAGAAAAAAGCGCACUUUAACUUCCCAUGAGAGAAGUCAUACAGUGGAAAAACCCUAUCAGUGCCAAGAGUGUGGCAAGAGCUUCAGAAAAAAGAACAAUUUUACUUCCCAUGAGAGAAUUCAUAAAGGGGAAAAACCCUAUCAGUGCCAAGAUUGUGGCAGGGGCUUCAUUGACAGACGCUAUUUCAGUGUCCAUCAGAGGAUUCAUUCAGGGGAGAAACCCUACCAGUGCUUGGAAUGUGGAAAGAGUUUCACUUGGAAAAGAAGUUUCACUUCCCAUCAGAGAAGUCACACAGGGGAGAAGCCAUAUCAGUGUUUCGAAUGUGGAAAGAGCUUCAUUCAAAGAGGCCUUCUCAGUGUCCAUCAAAGAAUUCAUACAGGAGAGAAGCCCUAUCAGUGCUUGGAAUGUGGAAAGAAAUUCACCCAGAGUGCCCAUCUCACAACCCAUCACAAAAUUCAUACAGGGGAGAAACCCUAUCAGUGCUUGGAAUGUGGAAAGAGAUUUAUUGAGAAGGCCAAACUCAGGAUCCAUCAAAGAAUUCACAGCAAGAGAAAACUAUUUUAGUACCAAGAAUGUGGGAAGAGCUUCAGUCACAGGGCCCGUCUAUCUUCCCAUCAAAGAACUCACAUUGGGGGCAAAUUAUAGUAGUGGCUGUAUACAGAUUUAAUUUUAGGAGCCCUUAGUUUGUAUGAGGUGAGAAUUGUAGUUGGGUUCUUUGCCACAUCUGGUGCCCCAUAGUAAUUCCUACAACGUACCCAAGAACUGUGAUUUGCAAGUUCUUGGCCAAGGUGUUUAAUACCAUCUUUAGAGUUUCCUUUCUCUUGGCAGAUAAAGAUGAGCAGGAGACAGCAAAGGUUGCAAUUUGAAUUGGGUUGCAACGCUGGGACAAUUA